AAAAAGAAAAUAUAGAAAUUCCAUCUGUUGAAAUUCUUGACAACAGUAACAAAGAGAACUUCACAACUGAUAACAUUCAAAUCGAAACUACUAUGGAAAUUAAAAAUACCAACUCUUUGAAGACUCCAAUACUUUAA